GCUGUCAAACAACAUCGACGCCAUUUCGAUUUCAGCCUUAAAAUGGCAGUAAAAUGCAGCGCAAAGAUGUUUCCAGUCUAAAUCAGAAGCGACACGCGCUUCCCGCGCCUUCACAUUCAAACGAGCUUUAACGGACAGUUUGUGACGUCACAUGCCGAGAAGAUGGAUAUUAGCACGGCGGUGUUUAACGCUGCGAGAGACGGAAAACUGAAACUCAUUCAGAAGUUGCUGUGCAACAAAAGUCCCGAGGAGCUCGAGACGCUGGCGGAGGAGAAGACGCAAGGAGGGACGCCGCUCCUCAUCGCCUCCCGGUACGGCCAUCUGGAGGUUGUGGAUUACCUGCUGGAGCAUUGCAAGGCUAACGUGGAGCUCGGAGGCUCCGUGAACUUUGACGGCGAGACGAUUGAAGGCGCUCCGCCGCUGUGGGCGGCCUCCGCCGCGGGACAUCUGCCAGUAGUGAAGACGCUCCUGAAGCACGGAGCCUCCGUCAAUAACACCACCCUGACCAACUCCACCCCCCUGAGGGCUGCAUGCUUCGAUGGUCAUCUGGAGAUCGUUCGAUACCUGGUGGAGCAUUGUGCGGACAUGGAGGUGGCGAACCGCCACGGUCAUACGUGUCUGAUGAUCUCGUGCUACAAGGGCCACAGGGAGAUCGCCAAGUUCCUGUUGGAGCGAGGGGCCGACGUCAACCGUAAGAGUGUGAAGGGCAACACUGCCCUGCACGACUGCGCCGAAUCCGGGAGUCUGGAGAUCAUGAAAAUGCUGAUGAAAUGUAACGCCCGCAUGGAACGGGAUGGUUAUGGCAUGACCCCGCUGCUGGCCGCCAGCGUCACCGGUCACACCAAUAUAGUUGAGUAUCUCGUGCACCAGCCCCGGGCCACCAGAGAGGAGCGGAUAGACGCCCUCGAACUUCUUGGGGCGACGUUUGUGGACAAGAAACGUGACCUGCUGGGCGCCAUGCGCUACUGGAGAAGAGCGAUGGAGCUGCGGCAGGCGGGCGAGAAGGCUGGAUUUCUGGCCAAACCCCCUCCGGGUCCCCCUGUCUCAGCGUACGACUGCGCCCAUGAGGUGUGCACGGUCGAGGAGCUGGAGGCGAUCAUCACUGACCCCGAUGAGAUGAGGAUGCAGGCCCUUCUGGUGAGGGAGCGCAUCUUGGGCCCCUCGCACCCAGACACUUCAUACUACAUCCGCUACAGGGGGGCCGUCUACGCCGACUCGGGCAACUUCGAGCGCUGCAUCAGCCUGUGGAAGUACGCCCUGGACAUGCAGCAGAGCAACCUGGACCCGCUCAGCCCCAUGACUGCCAGCAGCUUCCUGUCGUUCGCCGAGCUCUUUUCCUUCGUCCUUCAGGACAGAGCCAAGGGCACCCUGGCCAACCGCGUCACCUUCCAGGACCUGAUGGCUGUCCUGGGCAAGAGCGUGCGGGAGGUGGAGCGUGCAGUGGCGCAACGGGACAGUCCUCCAGAGGCGCUGCAGUUCACCAAAGCUCUGUCCAUUAUUCUGCACCUCGUCUUCCUGUUGGAGAAACUCGACUGCACUGCUGAGCAAGAGCACCAGAAGAGGCAGGCGGUCUAUCGGCUCCUGAAGCUCAAUCCCCGGGCGAGGAAUGGCUAUACGCCCUUGCACAUGGCCGUGGAUAAAGAGACCACGUCGGUGGGCCGUUACCCAGUGGGCCGGUUCCCAUCUCUCAUCGUGGCUGGGUUGUUCCUGGAGUGCGGUGCGGACGUUGACUCCCGCGAUUGCGAGAACAACACGCCACUCCACGUCGCCGCCGCCAACAAUUGCCCGGAGAUCAUGGGGGCGCUGAUUCAAGCUGGGGCGCAUUUCGACUCCACCAAUGCACAACACAAGACACCCUACGAGCUGCUGGACGAGCAGAGCAGCGGGCGACAUGCACUACACCCGCUCAAUUACGUCACACUGCAGUGUCUGGCCGCUCGCACCAUCGAGAAACACAGACUUCCCUACAAAGGGCUCUUCUCUGAGGAAAUGGAGGCGUUCAUCGAGCUGCACUGACCUCACUGCACAAGCACCCCAUUUUACUCCACAUACCUCCAUGAAACAUGCCUGAAUGCACAGGCCGGGUGUUAAUCACAACUAGAGCUGAACUUUAACCAGGUGUCUGGCUUGGAUAGCUCAUGGGGUAAUGUACAAGACAAACUGUGGACACCCCUGGAAGUGCCAGCACAACUUUACAAUCAUAAAACAAGAUCAGUUUACUUGAGAAGCAGAAUGACUUGUUUUCAGUGAAAUUUAACAAGAUUUAGUAACAAAACUAUUUGCCAUUGGGGUAUGAAAAAACUUGAUUUGAGAUUAUUUCUGUGACCCGCUUCGGCAAAUAGUUGUUCUUGUUUUAAGCAUAAACGGCAGCAAAUGUUGUUUGAUUUCUCUGCAAACACAAGUGAAUAUCUCACGCUAUUCUACUACUCCAGUGAUUUAUCUUCUUUUCUUUUAGGAUGGUUCAAUAUUCAUCACAAAAUAAGAUGAAAAUAAGAACAAUGAUUUUUGCAGUGAUUGUAAUUUGCUGUUUGGGUUUGAUGCCUCUGCUGUGAUCUUCCUGUUUGUUAUUUCCUUUUUGAACAGGAAAUGAACAUUUAACCUGUUUGAAUUGGUUUCUGUUGUUUGACUGAUGAAGUAUUGCCUCAUUUUAGGGAUUAAACGGAUAAUUAAUUGCAUGCUCUGAGCAUUAAUGCAAACCUUUUUCAUCAGACUCUCUAUUUUUCAGGAUCAAAUGUCAUAAGAUGGUUAAUUGUGUUCUCCGCCAGGUCCUCACGCAGGGUUUGAAGCGCACGGUGCCAAAUGCUAACCUUACCCGAUGAUCUUUUCUAACGCUGAAUAUGUUUUUAUUGUGUGAAUGUUUUCAGCAGGUUAAUCGGGCUCUGUGGGUUGUAACUCGGCACUGUAUGAGAACAGAUUGAUUUGCUGAUGUUAUAUUGAUACCGAUGCAGUUUAUUAACUGAGGUGGAUUUGGAGGGACAGAUCUGGCAACCCAGGUUUUAGUUUUUAUUGUUACAAGCUUCAUAUGCAUCCAAGUAGGAGUAUUUUCUCUACAUCAUAUGAGCUGUUUUAUUUUUCUGCCUGUCUGUCAUUGUAAACAACCUGAAUGAAAGCACUUUGAAAGCGUUAAUACUUAGUUUAAGUACAUCUGAUUUGGUUAAUUUAAGAUGAUUUACUACAGAACAUAAAUGUGUUUGGUGAUACCUGAAUAAACUUCAAGUGUCCCAUCUGUUUGUUUGUUUCUUUGUUGACUGUAAGACAUGUUUAUUAAUGUUUAGUGGUGAGAAAUGACCCGUGUAGAUUGACAUUGAUGAAUGCGAGUGUCUUCAGGUCAUGUUCCUGCAGUGAUGUCAUCAAAACUAUUAAGUGUUUCCUUGAUCAUAACUUUAUAUUUAUUCAUUUAGCUGUCAUGCUGAUAUAGUUUGUCAAUCUUCGUUCAGAUUUAAUAUUUAUCUUUUAUUAUGUUUGUGUAGAAAGAUGCUGCGCUGGAUCAACUAAUCCCAAAAUGGUCUUGAUUCCCCUGUGAUUUGAGCGUGCUCAGAACGGGACGGAUUACCAAUCGGGCCAGUGCCCAUGGGCCCUUGAAUGCCCGGUGGUGCCCUGGGAAGGCGGUGCGAUCUAGUUUGGUGAUCAUCUCUACACACAACUCAAUGUAAUGAGACUGUACUUCUGUUGCCCGUAGAGCUGUUUAACAUGUACAACAGUGUUGCGUUCACUGACAGAAUCGUGACAAUAUUUGUCAGAGUUUUACUGUCAACAACAGUUCAAUCAUUUCCAUCAGUGACACAUAAAUCCAGAAUUAUACUGUUUGUCCAGUUCCAUAUAUUCUCCCUUAUGCUUUAACAGUUUCCUCUCGUGUCAGAGGUCAAAGCACUUUAUUACGGCCUUUAUAAGGUGUGCACACGGAUCUUAAUGAUGACAAACUGAGGUUAUACUCACAAUGUGAGCGUUAGAUUGUUUCGAUUGUGCCCUCAGUAGUGCUCCAAACAAGACAGACCCAUCAAAACUCAUAAUGCCCAUGCACGGUUGAAAUGAACUCUCAACUCACCCUCAUGUCGUUCCAAACCUGUUUAUGACUUUAUUCCAUGAAACACAAGAGGAGAACUUCUGAAGAAUGUUGACGCUGCUCUUUUUGUCAUACAAUGAAAGUGAAUGGUGACUGAAUCUGUUUGUGUUCCGCAGAAGGAAGAUGUGUUUACACCUGCUAUUUAGAUGUUUCAGGUGAAACUUCAUCGGUUGCAUCAUCAUGCCAGUCUCAAAUGUGUCAUUUCACUGUCAUUGUGUUAAUUCAUGAUAAUGAAGAGCAAAAAGACAAAGAUAGUGAUCAAUAUCAGCGCAGAGUUUCUCCCCAUUAUACGUGCAUUUAAUGUAAACACGAUCAUGACAUUGUAAGCAGAAUUAUUUGUGUAUUUGUCUCAAUGAGCUUCAGAUGUUCGUGCUUCUCAUCGUGUCGCUGUGUGUUUUUGUCACACACUGAAGAAGUUCUCAUGAUUGUGUAUGUAUCAUUAUACAGCUGUAAAAGUGCUCAAAGUCAUACAAGUUUGGAACGACAUGAGGGUGAGUAAAUGAUGACAGGAUUUCCAACUUUAACUGUGAACUAUUCCUUCAAUAUCUGAAGUUUCAGUGACAUCUUGUUUCUCUGUUGUGUCUUUAAGGGGAAAUACACGUGUGCUGUUGGGAACUGAAGAUGAGUAAUAAAUACAACAGACACUUGAUCUCUCACUGAUAUAAAUAGUGAGUGUGUGUGUGGAGUGUGAGUGA